ACGGGUCGGCCAAGUCGGUCCGACAACUGGCACGUUGUCCGCGUGCACGAGCGUGCCGAUCCACUUGGUGUCCCGGCCUACCGAGGUUAGAUCACGUCCGGGUUCGACAGAGAGAGAAAACAACGCGAACAAAAGUGUUCUACAUGGCGCACACCACGAGACUGAUCGCUACCACCGGCAAUCUCUUGAAGGGUACCUGCAAUUCUCUAUCGAUGGCUAUGAGAUCCUCUAGCUCAUGGUGGUCCCACGUAGAAAUGGGGCCACCAGAUGCCAUUUUGGGAGUCACUGAAGCAUUCAAGAAGGACCAGAAUCCAAAGAAGAUCAAUUUAGGCGCUGGUGCUUACAGAGACGACAAUGGCAAACCAUACGUUCUCCCGAGUGUCCGCAAGGCAGAAGAAAAGAUACGGAGCAAAAAAAUGGACAAGGAAUACUCUGCAAUUUCUGGCAACGGCGAGUUUUGUCAACAUAGUAUUAAUCUGGCUCUCGGCGAGGGAAACGAGGUCGUCGCGAAUGGACUGAAUGCGACUGUUCAAGGAAUCUCUGGUACUGGUUCCCUAUUUCUCGGCGCGCAAUUUCUGUCUCGUCAUUUCCCGGGCAAUAAAGAGAUUUAUUUGCCGACUCCUUCGUGGGGAAAUCAUGGUCCUCUAUUCAGACUUGCCGGUCUUACCGUCAAGUCUUACCGCUACUAUGAUCCAAGCACCUGCGGCCUGGAUUUCAAAGGAGUGGUGGAAGACAUAUCCAAUAUUCCCGAGAGAUCGAUAAUCCUUCUGCAUGCCUGUGCUCACAAUCCCACUGGCGUGGAUCCUAAACCGGAACAGUGGGCGGAAUUGUCAAUUCUGAUUAAGAAGAAGAAUCUAUUUCCAUUUUUUGAUAUGGCGUACCAAGGCUUUGCCUCAGGUGAUCUUACGAGGGAUGCCUAUGCGGUCAGACUGUUUAUUAAGGAGGGUCACAAGAUUGCCUUAUCUCAGUCCUACGCAAAAAAUAUGGGUCUAUAUGGCGAACGCGUCGGAGCAUUCACUCUAGUGACUUCCAGCAAGGACGAAGCUGCGCGCACUUUAUCGCAGUUGAAGAUCCUGAUCAGGCCGAUGUACUCGAACCCGCCGAUCUACGGAGCUCGUAUCGUCAACGAGAUUCUGAGUACUCCGGAGCUGCGACAGGAGUGGCUGCGCGACGUGAAGGGGAUGGCCGACCGCAUCAUUUCGGUUCGCACGAAACUGCGCGAUAAUCUGAAGAAGAACGGCAGCAGCCGCAACUGGUCUCACAUCACCGAUCAGAUCGGAAUGUUCUGUUACACUGGCCUCAAACCGAACGAAGUGGAGAAGCUCACGAAGGAUUUCAGCAUUUAUCUGACCAAGGACGGCCGCAUCUCCAUGGCUGGGGUGACGUCGAAAAAUGUGGAAUACCUGGCGCACGCGAUUCACGAAGUUACGAAGUAACUUCCAGCGCGAAUCGAAACGUAAUCUAUCAUACCCCCUGAAGCCGCCCUGCAAAUGCCUAAUGAUAAUACACAGCGUUUACAAGUGUUUUGCAGCUCACACGCGCGACGUAAUCGUGACUCAAGAAUCGGACGUUAAUGGCACUCGUGAAUAAUACGGUGAAUAUAAAUAAGAAAGCAUACAGCACGGAUAUGGGCUCAUACUUCUGGAUAUAUUUCAGACAUCCUGGAUCUCUCCAUGUGAUAUUUUUCAGAUUCGCGAAGAACAAUCUCGUUUCAUUUUCAGCGGUGCAAACUGAAAUUAUACGCGCAAUAAAGAAUUGUACAUAAAUUAUAAUGAUAUAUAAGAUUAUUGUAUUGUACAUAUAAAUUAAUAUAUCGUUAUAAUACAGAAAGACAAUCGUGGUGAGAAGAGAGAAAGAGAGACCAGGAUCUAACAGAUAAACGAGAUAAGUUCUGAUCGUUUCAAUCUUGUAAAACAUUUUGGCAAAAAUGCAUUCCGAGUAACUUUCUUCCUCUGCAAAAUGCUUUGAGCGAAAUGAGUUGAGUUUUUACUAUAUCUUUGCUGUAUAAAACAAGUUUACUGUGUUCUUUAGCUUUAUUAGCUCAAGCUAUAUUAAAGUGAAUACCAAGCAUUCGUUGCAGCUACAUAUUAGCUUCCAGUCGACCAAUGCUUUAUGCUUUGUGACACAAUUUACUCUUUUUUUGUAUCUAGAAUUUACUCUUAUAUUGUAUCUAGUGUAAAAGUGCUGAGAUGCAGUUUUCUUAUACUACAUUUUCUCUUGUACACGUAUUUUAGAGUAUGAAUGAUAUGAUAAAGAUCAUAUUGUUAUACGUUUCCAUCACUCUUGCGUUUUUUUCUCUUCAACUUUUAUAUUUUAAAUUGUUACAUCAAGGAGACAGAGUUAAAAAGCCUUGAUCUUGCCCAUCUUGAAAAAUUCAUGCAUCGACAUGAUUAGGGAGACUUCAUUUUUAUUACCUGCAUUGCAUCAUUAAAUAACGUUGCAAGAACAUUCUAAUUAAUAUAAAAUUAACUAUCAGACCAACUUGAUGAAAUUGUAGAGGAAACCAAUUUUUAAUUAUGCAUUAUCAGCGGCUAACAAAAAGUAAAAAAGAAGAGAGAGAGAGAGCACACACACAUAUACGUGCGUACCUUCGACUAUAUACCUAUGGACUGCUAAUGGGCAGCCAUUGUGCGAUCCAAGAUCUCAGCGCCACCAGGUACCAACGGCCAAACCAAGAACUAAUAAUCAUAUAUUUCGUGAACAUUGUUUUAAGAAUAUAAUAUUCACAUUCUCUUAUACUACAAUAUAAAACAAAAUAUUCAUGGUCAUUGUAUUAAUAUGAUUUUUUAAAUGCUUUUUGAACAGUAAAAUUGUUGCACUUUUCAUGUUAAAUUGCAAAAUAACUUCAAAUUCUUUUCUUACUUACAAUAAAGCAUUAGGUACAUGAGAAUGCAGUACAAUAAAGUAUACUUGAAAGGAAAAAAUUAAGAAAAUAAAAACGUAAUCUUAAGAG